AUGUCUUGCCGCAACUCCUGCUCUGGAAACUGCAACUCAGUAUCUCCCAGAAAUUCCUGCCAUGUCCCUCUCAACCCUGCUUUUGCCCUCUGCUCCACCAACGUAAACUGCGGGGAUGUCCUGUACUUCCCCAGUAGCUGUCAAGAUAGCACCUGGCUCACCAACUACUGCCAAGGGUCUUGUGAGGAAUCAUCCAGCUGCCAGCCCAACACGUGUGGCCCCAGCCAUGGUGGGACAACCUGCUGCUCUUCCACUGGCCACUAUGUGACCAGUCCGUGUCACGGAGGCAAUUUUCUUCCCACCUCAUCUUUUGUCUCCAGCUCCAGCAUCCCGGUGUCCUACAGACCUCUGAGCUACGUGUCCAGCGGUUGUCGUCCACUGAGUCCACUGGUCAAUACUUUCCAGCCUGCAGGCUGUGUGUCCAGUUGCUACAGGCCAUUACCCUGUUUUUCCAACCCUGGAAGACCCAUCAGUGUCCUGCCCUAUGGAUGUCAACCUUCCACCUCUUUGGUCUACAGACCUCAAACCGUUCAUGUUGUGCCCAGCAGCGUCCGGCCACUGCAGCCUCUCUCCAGUGGCUGCCGGCCUCUGACCCAUGUGGUCAGCCCCUGCCACACAUCCUGCUCUGUACAGGGAGGCCAGUAG